AUGAAGGACAGUUGAGAGCUCCGUUAACAGAGGGAUGGAGCGAUUGGUCUUGUCUAGUUCGUUUUCUGCUUCUAUUUUUCUUGUUCGGGGGUGGAAGUAGGGGAAUUAAUGGAAACCAUCUCCAUAGGCUGAGAAGGUAGAAACGGCGGCAUCUUUCUUUUGUUGGCCGUCAAAAUCCAUUAAUUAGACGCAAGAUGGCGCCUUUCCUCUAUUUUCAUAUCAAAUAUUGAUCUUCUAUUUGUUGAUUACUUUCAAGCUUGGCAUCUUCGGAGUCUGAAUCUGCCUUCAAUGUAAUGAAGGAUCGCAGUAUUUUGAUUGCUGGGCUGCUUGUUUGGUUUAAAUGGGUUUCAAGAGGACUUAGUAGCUUGUGGUUGGAAUGAGUCGCACUUUGCUUCCAAAACAUGUAGCCAGAGUCAUAAAAUGCCAGAAGGACCCACUUAGGGCUCUUGAGAUGUUCAACUCAGCCACGAAGAAAGAUGGGUUUAAGCAUACUAUCUUCACUUACAAAUGUAUAAUAGAGGAACUUGGACUUCAUGGGGAGUUUAAGGCCAUGGAGGAUGUUAUUCAGGAAAUGAGAAUGAACAUCGAUAAUUCUUUGCUUGAAGGAGUGUAUAUUGGUGCAAUGAGGAGUUAUGGAAGAAGAGGGAAAAUACAAGGGGCUGUGGAUACAUUUGAGAGAAUGGAUUUUUAUGAUUGUGAGCAAACUGUUAAAUCUUAUAAUACAAUUAUGAAUAUUUUGGUUGAGUUCAAAUACUAUGAUCAAGCCCACAAAGUAUAUCUAAGAAUGCUGGACAAGGGAAUUGUGCCUGAUGUUUACACCUUUACAAUCAGGAUGAAAUCAUUUUGUAGAACAAGAAGACCACAUGCAGCACUGAGGCUUCUCAGAAACAUGCCAGAGAGAAGGUAUGAUCUCAAUGCAGUUGCAUACUGUACGGUGAUUUGUGGUCUUUAUGAAGAGAACUUCUGUAUUGAGGCUUGCAGUCUGUUUGAUGAAAUGCUUGGGAGUGAGAUCUUACCUGAUAUAGUUACAUUUAAUAAGCUCAUACAUGUGCUUUGUAAGAAAGGAGAUGUUCCAGAAAGCAGCAAGCUCCUUGCCAAGGUUAUCAAGAAAGGCAUAUCACUAAAUUUGUUCACAUACAAUAUACUAAUCCAAGGGCUUUGCAAGGAAAACAAAUUGAUGGAAGCUGUUUCUUUGUUAGAACGUAUGAGGAAGGGUCUGGCUCCUGACGUGAUUACCUAUAAUACGCUUAUCAGUGGCUUAUGCAAGAACUCUAAGGUUGUUGAAGCUGAGAACUAUUUGCAUAAAAUGGCAAAUAAAGGCUGCAUUCCUGAUGAUUUUACAUAUAAUACCGUCAUAGAUGGAUAUUGCAAAAUGGGGAAGGUACAAGAUGCUUCUAGACUUUUAAAGGAUGCAGUUUUCAAGGGGUUUGUGCCUGAUCGAGUAACAUAUUGCUCCCUGAUUAAUGGAUUAUGUGAAGAAGGUGACAUUGACAGAGCAUUGAAUAUAUUUCAUGAGGCUCAGAAAAAUGGGCUGAAGCCUGAUAACAUUAUCUACAAUUCACUAGUCAAGGGGCUCUCUCGACGAGGUCUAAUCUUGCAGGCUUUGGAGGUGAUGAAUGAAAUGAUGGAAAAUGGGUGCUGCCCGGAUAUUUGGACAUACAACAUCAUAAUAAAUGGGUUAUGCAAGAUGGGAAAUGUUUCCGAUGCCAAUAUUGUCAUGAAUGAUGCCAUAGCAAAAGGUUAUCUUCCUGACAUUUUUACCUUCAAUACAUUGAUUGAUGGCUACUGCAAGAGAUUGCAGCUGCACAAUGCUUUGGAAAUUGUUGAUAGGAUGUGGACUCAUGGUGUCACACCUGAUGCUAUCACUUUCAACUCUGUGUUAAAUGGGCUAUGCAAAGCUGGAAAGACUAGUGAUGUCAUGGAUAUAUUCAAAGAGAUGGUUACAAAGGGAUGUCGUCCUAAUGUUAUCACAUAUAACAUGCUGAUAGAGAACCUCUGCAAGGCCCGCAGAGUAAAAGAGGCUUCUGAUUUGCUUAUGAAGAUGAUGAAUGAAGGCUUGACUCCAGAUGUUGUCAGUUUUAACACAUUGAUACAUGGAUUCUUCAGGAAUGGUGAUCUUAAUGGAGCCUAUGAGAUUUUCAGAAGAAUGGAACAAGACAAGUUCUCUGCUACAACUGAUACAUAUAAUAUAGUGAUCUCUGCAUUUUCUGAAAAGUUGAAUAUUCAUAUGGCAGGGAAGAUUUUCAAUGAGAUGGUCAGCAAGGGCUGUUCACCAGAUGCAUAUACUUACCGUGUUUUAGUUAGUGGCUUUUGCAAGACUGGAAAUGUUGAUCGUGCAUAUGAAUUUCUGAUAGGCAUGAUUAGUAAGGGAUUUAUUCCAUCAAUGGCAACAUUUGGACAGGUAAUAAACUGCCUCUCAGUAAAAGAAAGGGUUGAUGAAGCUGUUGGUAUUAUUCACAUUAUGGUAAGCAAUGGUGUUGUCCCGGAGGCUGUGGAUACCAUAUUUAGUGCUGAUAAGAGGAAAAUAGCAGCACCAAAGAUCCUUGUAGAGGAGUUGCGGAAGAAGGGUCAUAUUACCUAUUAUGCCUAUGAACUUCUUUAUGAUGGAAUCAGAGACAAGAAGCUACUAAGAAAAUGGCAUCGCCUGAAAUGUUUCUGAGGACAUGAUAGGUGGUUUCUGCUACCGAUUUUAGUGAUCCAAGUAGCUAAAGGGAAAGUCUGCUUUCCUGAAUGUGGGACCUUCUGUGCACUCCUCUUGUGCCAGUUACAGUGGGACACUCAUCUGCUGUAAGCUUUAUCCAGCAACAUUAGUAACCAGGAAUCCCUUUGAAUUUGACAAUGCUCUAAUUGUAUGGGUUAUUCUUGGACCAUCAUCGUUUUUUGGUUGUAUGCUUAGAGAUGCAGUCCUCACAGAUUAUCACUGGAAAAUGAAGUGAAGAUGGCAACGUCUCUCUCACAUGUGUUUCUACUACAAUUUUUGAAGUUGAAUUAUGCGUAAGCAGCUGCUGCUCUUUAAUUCUCAAUGGACUGCAUGUUGUGGCAAUGAGGGCUCGACAAUACUGACACAUAGAGAAGAGUCACUACUCAGUUGACAUGGAAGUCCUCAGAAAUUCAUGAUCUCAUUACCCCAAACAGGGAACCAUCAAAGCUGGAAAAUGAUAUGCUGGUAGCUAGGACCUGAGGACCACCAACUUCGAGGCACAUUAACUGAGGCCUCUAACGUUACAAAAUUUCCCAUGAAUGUUGAUGUGAUUGAAGUCCACCAGUUGGCACCCCUUUUCAGCACAUAUGUGGACAGGUCGCAUGCUGGAACUUGGAUGGUGGCACCCCCACCAUUAUUCACAACAAGCAUACUAGCAGUAAGAUUUUUCUCAUGCCAAGAGCCAAUAGUUGCUGGUGUUGUUUGUCAAAAUUGACUGGAGAAGCAACCUCAUGCUAGCACAAGCAAGUAGCAUAGAGGCCUUUUCUGAGUUUGUUGGUAUAUUUACCCUGUGAUAUAAGCUAAAUGUACCCGAUAUUGAGUUAGAAACUUGCUGUAAUUGCAAAUAGGAAUUUGGUGCUCUUUUUCACAUGCAGGGAUGAACUGGCCAGAUAUAAUCCGGUCCUGACCGUCUUCUUUUUUCAUAUAUGAUAUUUAUGGGCAUGGAUGUGUCUAUGCAUAGUGGUCCCAAAUAUUUGAAUAUUUUUGGAUCUUGGUUGGAUAUGGAUAUUGGUGUUAUUUGUAUAUCGAAGUACCAAUAUAAAAAUAUUGGUACGUAUAUUGGCAUA